AUUUCAUCAACAAUUUCCAAAUUGGACCAGUGGUGAUCAGAAUAUUGAUAAGUUUAUCCAUGAUGCGCAACUUUCUGCUGCUAUGAGUGAGCACUUGGGAGCUAUUUGGAUUGACGGAAUCAUUUCUGAAUGGAAUCAUGAAUAUAAUGAUUGGAGUCGGAUACAAUGUGAAAUUUUUGAUGAUUGGACUUAUCAUUUUGAUGGUAAAAAUAAAAUAUUAAUGAAAGGUAGAAUAGUUACACUAAAGAGUCUUCAAAAUUCGUCAAAUGUAAAUGAAUGUUUUUUAAACGAAUGGAAACGUCAUUUACAAUCACUUAAAUCUGCAAGGAAAAUUGCUAUUUCCAUUAAGAAAAUUUGUAAAUGGGAAUGGAAAAGAAGAUUGAAAAUCCAGCAUCAUAUUAUAUCUGGGCUUAUUGGAAUUCAUCAAUCAGACUUAGUUCAUAAAGAUUUACAUACUCCAGUGAACAGCUAUGUAUCGAAUAGAAAAGAAUUAUAUGGCGUACUUCCUUAUAUGGCACCUGAAGUAUUAAGAGGCAAUCCCUAUACUAAAGCAGCAGAUAUUUACAGUUUUGGGAUGUUGAUGUGGAAAAUUACAUCCGAAGAGCCACCAUUUAAUUAG